GCUUGCAGGCGUCGGGGCGGGGCCGUGCGCAGGCGCGGCGCGGGUGGGAGGCUGGGGGAGGGAUGCGGGGGGGUGGCGGGGCCGGGCGUUUGUUUUGUGGGUGGUGCGUGUGCAGCCCGGGAAAAGCUGGAAAUGGCGGCGCCGAGCGGGAGGUCGCAGUCCACCCUGCACAGGAAGGGGCUGAUGGCGGCUGACAGGAGGAGCAGGAUUUUGGCAGUGUGUGGAAUGCAUCCUGACCAUCAGGAAACUCUGAAAAAGAAUCGAGUGGUGCUGGCCAAACAGCUGCUGCUGAGCGAGCUGUUAGAACACCUCCUAGAAAAGGACAUUAUCACUUUGGAAAUGAGGGAGCUCAUCCAGGCCAAAGGGGGCAGCUUCAGCCAGAACGUGGAACUUCUCAACCUGCUGCCAAAGAGAGGACCCCAGGCUUUUGAUGCCUUCUGUGAAGCCCUGCGGGAGACCAGGCAGGGUCACUUGGAAGACUUACUGCUCACAACCCUCUCUGAUAUUCAGCACGUACUCCCACCGUUGAGCUGUGACUAUGACACAAGUCUCCCUUUCUCAGUGUGUGAGACCUGCCCUCCUCACAAGCAGCUCCGCCUAUCCACAGAUACUACGGAACACUCCUUAGAUAAUGGUGAUGGUCCUCCCUGUCUUCAGGUGAAGCCAUGCACUCCUGAGUUUUACCAGGCACACUAUCAGCUGGCCUAUAGGUUACAGUCUCAGCCUCGUGGCUUGGCACUGGUGUUGAGCAAUGUGCACUUCACUGGAGAGAAAGACCUGGAAUUUCGCUCUGGAGGGGAUGUGGACCACACUACUCUAGUCACCCUCUUCAAGCUUUUGGGCUACAGUGUCCAUGUGCUGCAUGACCAGACUGCACAAGAAAUGCAAGAUAAACUUCAGAAUUUUGCACAGUUACCUGCACACCGGGUCACAGACUCCUGCAUAGUGGCACUCCUCUCCCAUGGUGUGGAAGGUGGCAUCUAUGGUGUGGAUGGCAAACUGCUUCAGCUCCAAGAGGUUUUUCGACUUUUUGACAAUGCUAAUUGUCCAAGUCUACAAAACAAGCCAAAAAUGUUCUUCAUCCAAGCAUGUCGUGGAGAUGAGACAGAUAGAGGGGUGGACCAGCAAGAUGGAAAGAGCCACACUCAAUCCCCUGGAUGUGAGGAGAGUGAUGCCGGCAAAGAGGAAUUAAUGAAGAUGAGACUGCCUACUCGCUCAGACAUGAUAUGUGGCUAUGCUUGCCUUAAAGGCAAUGCUGCCAUGCGGAACACCAAACGGGGUUCCUGGUACAUUGAGGCCCUCACUCAGGUGUUCUCUGAAAGAGCUUGUGACAUGCACGUGGCCGACAUGCUUGUUAAGGUGAAUGCUCUUAUCAAGGAGCGUGAAGGCUACGCCCCUGGCACAGAAUUCCACCGAUGCAAGGAGAUGUCUGAGUACUGUAGUACUCUGUGCCAGCAGCUCUACCUGUUCCCAGGCUACCCACCUACGUGAUGCCGCCUGCUAUUCUGUUGGAGGCCACUGGACCACUGGGGCCACAAUGGAGACUUCUCUUCAGGAUGGUUUUUGUUCUGUCUACCCCCUCAGGGAUAUGAGAUUCUCCCAGGCUUGUUUCCUGUCAGCCAUCUCCAUCUUUGGGUAUGAAACUUAAGGACAGCUCCUCCAGUGUUGUGUUCUCUUCCUAUAGAGCCAGCUCUGAAUGGAUGUGUUGCCGGAAAGAAGCAUUUUGGCUACAGCCAAUAAGUCUAGAAAAUGGCAUUGUGAACACAGUAUUAUUGUGGGGAGAGGACAUAUGGAUUUCUCAAUGUCUGUGAUAUUUUCGUUCCUGGGGGCUCUCACUCUCGUUGCUUUUUUUUUUUUUUUUUGGUCAGUUAAGGUGUCUCAGAUCAUCUCCUACUUUUUUUUCAUAUCUACAACCUCAUUUUUUUCACAGUGAAGAUUUGGAAAAUGUCCCAAUUUAAUGUAAGUGGCAGAUGAGACCCUGCUACUUGAAAAGUUUCUGUGCAUACCCUUGAGCUGAGACCCUAAGUGAAGAGCAGUCCCUCAACCUUACAUUGAUUCCUUCGUGUUCCUUUGAACAGAGCCUAGAGUCUGCAUGCCAUGACACUGGAAGUCCUAGAAAUUUCCCUGGUCAUGCUUUAUUUGAAUUGUCACUUAAUAAACCUUAUCGAGCAUAUCAACAUAAAAAUGCAGUAACCAGGUGAGUGUGCCAUGUCUCAUACUGUCACCUAUCACCAGGAUGUUUCUCCUUCCUUACUGUAGUUUCUGCCAUACAGUAAACUGUACUUGACGGCUGGCCUCCAUCUCGCUUGCUUUGCACUGGUCCCCCUCUUUACUUUCACCCCAUUCACUGGUUCUGCUGAGUCUGUGAAGUCAUCCUUUAUAGGAUGUUUCUGGCCACUUACGGUGUGCUGUAGUUGCUUAUUCUUUCUGUCUUCUGCUUCAGCAUAAGGCUUCUUUGGUUUUCUGCAGCAGUAUCUCCUCAUGUCUCUCUGUGUUUUGGUGAGGACAGUACCAUACAUGAUACAACUAGAAGCACUUGUCUCUGCUCUUACGGAACAUAUUCUUGUAAACCUUUUACAUUUCCAUUUUUUCCUCUCUUCCAACUUAUUUUCCAUGUAACAGUAGUUUUGGUUUUUAAAAUAUCUGGUGAUGUCACUCUCUUGCUUAGAGCACUAACUUCUGUUACACCUCAUCUAAAAUGCAAAUUCUUACCCAGCUUAUGAGAUCUGGCUCUUAGCUUCCCUUUGGAUCUCAUUAAAUGGUGAUUUCUCACUAUGCUCCAGCCGCUCUCAGUUUCUCAUCUCAGUGUUGCAGGUGGUCUGAGCUCUUCUUUAGGCUAGUCUUUGGUUCUUGAGUCCGGCCGGUGGAGGCCCCUUAACCAUGCUGCCCAUGAACAGUCUUCUGUACCUCCUUAUGACGGUAUCAUGGUGGUCCCUGUGGUGCUUACUGCAGGUUGUAAUGUCAGGUUUGCUUGUUUCACUGCUUCCCCCUGAAGCUGAAUGCUCCAAGAAAGCAGGAACUGUACUUCUUACUUACUGAUGUUGUGUAACUGGCACUUACUAGGUCUUUGAUGAGUGUUUCCUAAAUAAAGGAAGGAGACAAGCUAACUUUAGUUAGAGUCUACUUUUUGCGAUUUCUAAAUUGCUAUUAUAGUAUACAGUUUAAUUAGUAUUUGUACUCUUAUGGGUUUUUUCCCCAGGUGUUUUAUUUUUAUCCACUGUUUUAUUGUUGGUGGUUUUUUACAUUGUUUGAAGACAUAUCACGUGUGAGACAACUUCCUUCACAUUCCCAUGGUGCCCAACAAAUUUGAGGCCUAUGGUAGUUGAGGUGCUCAAUGAAUGUUUGUUGUAUGAACCAGGUGGUUUGAAGACUUGCUGCCAAAUUCAGCCUUUGGGUCAGUAUAGGAUGCAUAAGUGGUAGAAUCUUCACACUUCCACUGCCAAGAUUUUGUAUUGCCAUCAGGUGCCAAAUAAAUGUUGAUACUUAUUACUGA